AUGAAUGAGAUUAGUUUGGUAGCUGAGAAAUUCUACGACGUGUUGGACGAUCAGUUGUUAGAAAGUAUGAGAGACGAAAAGUUGCUUGGUAAAAUUGGAGCACCUACUGAUGAUACCAUUGUUAGUAGAAAACAAUCGGCCAGUGACCUGCAAUCGCGUCUCAAAACCAGAAAGCUGCUUGGUGUCGGAGAGUUGGCUGGCGAUAAUGGUGACGUCUAUAAGUCAAAAAUCUCUCAACUACUUGGUAUCAACGAAUCCUUGUAUGUCCGCCUACCACGCGGGAUGUUUGUCUGGAACACAUUGAAUUCUCUCUAUUUCUUGUUGGCUGGCACAAUUUGUCUCUUCCUCCCACGUCUCGGGAUAUAUCUUGAUCAUGGCAUCGACACAAUUCCAACCGAAGCUGUCGUCAUUAUUCGUUACUAUGGUGUCACAUUAGUCUCAUUUGGACUACUGUUCAAAUUCAUCCUCCAACAACGUGAGACUCGAGCUGAUAUUGCUCUUCUUCUUCUUGUCACCGCUGUUUUCCAUAUUAUUGUUCUGAUCGCCACGGACUACGACCAGUAUGAUUAUGAAUGGCUGACUGCCAAACCUUUACCAAAUGUGGCAGUAACUACAUCUACCAGUGCACCAGAUGACGAUGAUGUCAUUGUCGAUCAGUUAGACAAUCGUAAAGCUGUCAACAGUGAGAUUUCAGGUGGAUUCUCUAAUGAGAAAAGUUUUAGAUGCCCACAUGCCAAACCUAUGUUGCAUACGGGCGAAUCUGUUGCUCAGCUCUCACCAGAGGAUAUUCAAAUUGUGGGCGCAAUGGGAGACUCAUUAGCUUCUGGUCGUGGUUUAUGGCCAUUCACUGAUGUCGAGUUUCGUGGUGCAGCUUUCCCGAUUGGUGGAGAUGCUAAUAUGGACGGAUUAGUAACGCUACCAAACAUUCUUAGUCAGUUUGUACCAAAUUUGGAGGGAAUCUCACAUGGAAUGGGUUCAAAAACAGCUUUACCAGAUUAUCAGUUCAAUGUUGCUGAGAUUGGAGCAGAAACCGAAGAUCUCCCGCAACAAGCUUUGGAGUUAGUACACAGAAUGCAACGUUAUGUCGGAAGGUCUUUAAAAAACAAAUGGGCACUCAUUACAAUUGUGACUGGUUCCGAAGAGUUUUGCGAGAAAUGUGAGCCACCAAGUCGUACAUCAAUCCGAAGGGCACUUGGUGUAUUAAGAAGAGGGUUGCCACGCGCACUUAUUGUGUUAUUAGGUCCAGUUCAUGUCGCAUCCACAUACCGCCAGAAUAUUAAUCUGAUGCGUCCUCGAUGUAAAUGUUUGGAGAAAAUGACUGGCAGCAAUUAUAGGAAGUUGUUUGACGUAUGGAAGAGAUAUUUUGUUGAAUUGGAGACAGAGUUUAACACGGACAACGGAACUUUUGGAGUACUUUCAAUCCCAUCUCUAGCGAUUCACUCUCGCAACCCACAAUCUCUUCUUGUGCCUGGAAAACCCUUAUUAAAUAGAAAAGGUCAUUCAUAUGCCGCAAAGUGGUUAUGGAAUCGUCUAAUCGCUGGCCCAAACUACAAUAUUUCGUUGAUUGCUCUUUCCGAGGACACCUAUUAUUGUCCUUCUCUAGGAUGUCCUUAUAUCAGAACCGUGCAAAACUUCAAGAUGUGCACUAUUACGACGGAAGACGAAUGGCAAAAGCAAAAUGCUUUAUUGAAAGAACAGAAGACGGGGAAACAAACGAGACAAGAAGUUAUUCGCACAAAUCUCGUUGGUGUCAUUUCCGCUAUACUUGGAUUGUCAAUCAUAAGUGUUGCGAUAUUCGGAACAUAUUUCUACUGUCAUGGAAUGAAAGCCACGAAAGGAAGAUUCGACUAUGGACAGACGGUCGCAGAACUUGAAAAUGAACUCCAACAACAACAACAACAGGAAGAAAAAUAA